GCGCCCGCUGCUCUGCUCGUCGUCCAGUCCCAGUGUCCAAAAAGCUCGAGCUGAAGCAGCAGGAGAGGAGGCUAGGGAGGAUUCUUGAGAGGAAGAAGGACAAGGCAGAGGACCAUAGCACGAUGCGCCGCGUCGCGCUGUUGCUGCUCGUCUGCGCGGCGGCGCACGCCGCCGCUGUCGUCACCGACGGGCUUCUUCCGAACGGCAACUUCGAGGAGGGCCCGCCCAAGUCGCAGCUGGUGAACGGCACGGUGGUGAUGGGCGCGCGCGCCAUCCCGCAGUGGGAGACGUCCGGCUUCGUGGAGUACAUCGAGUCCGGGCACAAGCAGGGCGACAUGCUCCUCGUGGUGCCGCAGGGCGCGUACGCCGUGCGCCUGGGCAACGAGGCCUCCAUCCGCCAGCGGCUCGCCGUCACGCGCGGCUCCUACUACGCCAUCACCUUCAGCGCGGCGCGCACCUGCGCGCAGGCCGAGCGCCUCAACGUGUCGGUCAGCCCCGAGUGGGGCGUGCUCCCCAUGCAGACCAUAUACGGCAGCAACGGCUGGGACUCGUACGCCUGGGCGUUCAAGGCCAAACUCGACGUCGUCACGCUCGUCAUCCACAACCCGGGCGUCGAGGAGGACCCGGCCUGCGGCCCGCUCAUCGACGCCGUCGCCGUCCGGGCGCUGUACCCGCCGCCGCUCGUCAGGGGGAACAUGCUCAAGAACGGCGGCUUCGAGGAGGGCCCCUACUUCCUGCCCAACUCGUCGUGGGGCGUGCUCGUGCCGCCCAACAUCGAGGACGACCACUCGCCGCUCCCGGCCUGGAUGAUCGUGUCGUCCAAGGCCGUCAAGUACGUGGACUCGGCGCACUUCGCCGUGCCGCAGGGGGCGCGCGCAGUGGAGCUGGUGGGCGGCAGGGAGAGCGCGCUGGUGCAGGAGGUGCGCACCGUGCCCGGGUGGAGCUACCGCCUGUCCUUUGCCGUGGGCGACGCCGCCGACGGCUGCGCCGGGUCGAUGAUCGCCGAGGCCUACGCGGCGCGCGCCACCGUGAAGGUGCCGUACGAGUCCAAGGGCACCGGAGGGUACAAGCGUGCCGUGCUGGACUUCACGGCCAUCGCCAACAGCACCCGCGUCGUGUUCCAGAGCACCUUCUACCACAUGAAGGCCGACGGCACGCUCUGCGGCCCCGUCAUUGACGACGCCUCCCUCGUCAGCGUACGUAAGAAGCCCGCUGGCCGCCGGCUGCUGUAAGGCCGUCGCCUCACGUGCACGCGCAGCGUACGUGUGUCGCGUCGUGGAACGCGUGCUCUGUGCGUACGCCGCGAUGUAAUAUGGGCGUGUGGUUAGUAUUGGUAGGCGUUUUGGUUUGGUGUGCUUGCGCCUUGCUGGCAUAUGUGUGCGUGCUCUGCAGCUGUACCUUCGGCGGCGUGUGGUGUUUGGUGUUUUCUUGUGAAGAAGAGGUGGCGGUUUGGCUCGAGGGUUAAAGUCUGUACCUGAGAAGCCAAACUGAAAGGUGAUACCCAAUCUAUAUCUAUAUUACUUUAUAAUUCACUGGUUAUAAUAAAUUUAGACGAUCUCUACUGUA